ACUGCUUGGCGCAGCAGAGAAGGGCUAGGAGGCGCAGAGCUGGCUGGUGGCGGGAUGCAGCGGGUCACCCGCCCGAGCCCCCAUGGCCUGCACGAGCGAUGCACGGCUGCAACUGGACCGGGAAGCGUUGCAGGUGGCGCCCGCUCUGCUGGUCCCCGCUGUGCUGCUGGGCGCGGCACUCGGCUUGGGCCUUGGCCUGUGGAUAAACUGCCGUUCCAGCCGCCUGCGCUCGCGGCUCCAGAAAGAUGACACGCAACGUCUGCUCAGAAGUUCCCAGCCCACUGCACAGAGCCUGCCAGACACUGGCUCCCGGGUCAGGAGGCGCCAGAGAGAGACGACAACUUCCCGGGAUGAGGAUGCUCCUGAGGAGUGUGAGCCAUCCAUGAGCGGCAACAUCACUGCAUUUGCACUGAAAGCCAGGGUUGUCUAUCCCAUCAACCAGAAGUUCCGGCCUCUGGCUGAUGGAUCCUCCCACCCGUCGCUGCAUGAAAACCUGACACAGGCAGCAGCCAUCUUGCCCCACCUACCCCACCAGCCAGCAGAGGCCUCACCAGCCAGCAGCCUGGGCAGCCUGAGCCAGGCUGGCAAGGAGGAUGGCAGCUCCUCUUCCAGCAUGCACUCAGCCUACAGUGACGACAGGCUCCUCCACUGUGCCUUCCUCCGGGUGGGCAGCUUCCCUGAGGUGCUGGCCUGUGAGAGUGCGGAUAUUGACCUGUGUGUUUGCAGCCUCCACCUGAAAGACCUGCUUCAGGUAGACACAGCGCUGAGACAGGAGAAGCACCUGAUGUUCAUUCAGAUUCUUAAAUCGUGCCUCCUGGACCUUUUUCCUAAAAAGAAGCCUGAUGAUGAACUACACCAGAAGAUCCUUUCAAAGCAAGAGCAUGAUUUGGAGGAGUUAGAAAAGGGAUUUCAGGCCAGAUUGGCAAACACGGAAAUGUUGGGCACCGGUGACCCCGGCUACGUUUCCCUGGCAGAUGUGGAGAGGAAGGAGAGAGAGCUCUCGGAGCAGCUCAUAGACAAUAUGGGAGCUUUCUGGAAGCAGAUGGAAAGCAUCCAGCCCAUUCUCGUGGACCAGUUGAAAUGCUCCAGCUCCAAGGCACGGCAGCUCAUGACGACUCUGACAGGAAGAAUGAUUGCGGCUGAAAGGCUGUUGCGUGAUUCUCAGGACCUGCAGGCCCUGGAUGCCCUGGAGAGAACAAUGGGUCGGGCCCACAUGGCGAGAAUGGUGGAGUUCCUGAGGACCCAGAUCCAGGAGGAGACCAAGUGCCGGCUGGCCGCCAUCUCCCGUGGUCUGGAGCUGCUGACUGUCCAGGGACAGCUGUCCGGGAGGCAGAAGGAGGAACUUCUGACCCAGCAGCACAAGGCCUUCUGGGAGGAGGCAGAGUGCUUUGGCAGGGAAUUCAUGCAGCGGGGCAAAGACCUGGUCCAAGCGUCUCUGGCUCACCAGGCCGAGGUGAUGGCGGAGCUCACACAAAUCCAGGAGGAAGAGCGGAGAAGUUUCCUGGCUGGUUCUCCGCUGACCUCGGACCCAGGGGAGUUCCUCAAGGCUUUUCAUGAGGUCCUGGAGAGGCAGCGGCUGACACGGAGUGACCAGGAGGAGGAGGAGGACAUCAGGAUCACUGAGGCCAUGGCCGCACUCUGCCAAGAGCUGUACUGUGGCACCAUGGAGACCUUCCAAAAGUUUGUGGACACUCUGUUCCUAAAGACGCUCCCAGAAGUGAGCAGUCUCCCCGUGGCAGAAUGUGAGGCCCUGAAACAACAGGUCCAGGAGCAGGCAGCGAAACAGCUGGGGGAGGUGGACCGAUUUCGCAGACGGCAGUGGGAACUCCUGUGUGACCUCUUGGAACACGACAGGCGGGUGUGGCUGGAGGAGUGUGCGCUGUCCACGGUGCUGCAGAGGCAGCUGCAGGAUCACCAGGAGAGCACCAUCCACCGGGUCCUGAGCCGAUUCAGUGGCCUCUCUGAAGAGUCCACACGAGGCAUCCUGCAGGGCCACGAGCUGCUGCUGGGCUCUGCUCUGCGCAGACUGGCCCUCCGAGGCACCACCAUCACUACCCUGGCUCAGAUGAGGCUGUCUGGGAAGAAGAGGCUCCUGCAGGAGCUGCGUGAGCAGCUGGCUCUGGAGCAGGGAGCGUCCCCAUGCCUGGAGGAGCAUCAGUGGCAGCUGCUCAGAGCCCUGGAGGCCCGGAUCCUGGAGGAGGCGGCCAGACUGGAAGAUGAGGCGCAGCAGACCGGCCUGAGGCUGCAGCAGCAGCUGCUUGCAGAGGCACAGGAGGCAGGGCAGCUGCUACAGCUGCACUCGGAGCGGGCCGUCGGGCAGGCGUUGCUGGUGCAUGCGAGGAACGUGGCCAGCAAGGGCCGGACCAGGGACAAGGAAGACUUCAAGAGGACCCUGGUGGAGACGGUGGUGGAGAGCGUGUAUGUGACCAGCACCAGCGUGAGCCACCUUGUGCAAGCAUAUUACCAGCGCCUUGGGAAGCUCCUGCAGGCCCACCAGGAGCAAGUGCUACAGCGUCUGAAGACCCUGCAGGGUGAGAGAAUCAACACUUACAAGCUGUGGAAGAAGCAAGAAUUCGGUGACCCACCAUCGGAGAGCCAGACACCAUCGGGCAGCCGGGCAGCAGAUACCCAUGGAGCUACCCAGACAGUGCAGCAGAGGAUGCUGUCCCAGCAGAAGAAGUUCCUGGGCCAGUUCACACAGCACCAGCAGGGCCGCCUGAACUCUCAGACACAGAAGGCACAGGAGCUUGACCAGCUCGAAGCCCAGCUUGAGACCCAGCUGCAGGAAGCUGAGCAGACCUUUAUCUCAGAGCUGGCAACCCUGGCCCGAGUGCCGCUGACUGAAAACAAGCCAUUCUCCAACAAGCGAGGACUGCCGGAAAAGCCAGUAAGGACCAAAAGAAAGAAGCCCCCACCUCGGGAGAGAGAGGACCUGGGGCCGCCCAACAAUGAUCACCCUGCCUUGGUGGACCAUACCUCAGGACCACUCAGCAGCAGGAGGCUGGGUCAGCAGGACAGCGAGGCUGGCAAUGGAGAAAACUCAAGGAAGAGACUGCAGAAAAGAAGCAAUGUGUAGUGGAACCCUGCUGAGAUGGACCUGCCUUGCACCUCACUUCCUCCAUGGCUGGAGCUGUGUGGUUUGGGGGGAGAAGCAGGAGGCCAGUCUUGAGAGAGGGGAUGCCACCUGCCUUAGAAAGUGAAAAUGACAGGACAGUAGCACCCAGUGCCUGGGAUGACAGGGGGUGGUGGAGACAUGCCUUUAAGAACCUCGGCUUCUGCCCUGGUGCACUUUGCCUGAUUGCUUCCUCCCUCGGGAGGGCCCUCUACCCCUGUCCUUUGAUCUCACAGUGUGCUGGUGCUGCCCAGCAUCUCCUUGAAGUCCUGCCUGAGGGUCUGAGCCUGAAGCCACUGUCUGGCCUCCAUUACUCCACAGUCAUGGCCUGUCCCUGGCGUUAGCUGCCAGCCUCCCAACCAGGAUUAACCAACUUUGGGCUUUGCUAUUUCUAUCUUUUGGCUCAGGUAGCCCUGAGACCUGGUCACUCAAGGAUGUCUGACUUUCAGAGCUAAUGUCUUUGGCACAGCCAUGGAUUUCCAAACCCACAGGCUUGUUCUGAGCCACUUGGAACUUGGGGACCACACGUGCCUGUCACAUACCACAAGAUCUCCUCUUUGGGCAUGGAGGGCAGAGAAGGGGAGGCCGACCCUACCCCCAGGCUCCACUGAGGAGGGGAAACCCACCAGCCAGCAGUCCCUCCCCGAAGGAGAGACCCACAGGUCACCUGCUCCUCCUGAGGGAUGGUGAGGACUUCCCUAAGCUUCCAAACCAGCCCCACUUGCCCCACAGGCCAGAGGCAACAUCCCCAACCAUCACUGUCAAUAUUUGGGUGUGAUCACUCUUUGUUUGGGUGUUUAGCUGCUGAUGCCAAAAGUGGAGUCUCUCGUGUCAGACCCAGACCCAUGUGCAGCCAGGAGGUUGUGGGUGGCACACACUGGUGCCUUGGAGAUGAGAACUGUCACUCCAUGGGAACACUGCUUCAGAUGCCUCCCCAGAGACACCAGGGUGCCUGAGAGUGCUGCCUGAGGCCGGCAGAGUUUCUGACCGCGGACUUGACUGACACAGGAUCCUACUUCCUUCCUCUUUCCCCCCUUCCUUCCUCCAGCUUCCCGGGCCUUAACCUCCUUGCACACCAGCCCUCCCUGGCUCAUUCUGAAUAAACACUUCUAUCCCAGGA